AUGUUCGGGGACGAGGACGCGGGCGGGGGGGUCGCAGGGUUCGGCGGUUUCGACGGGUUCGACGACGCGUUUCGGAGGUUGGGCGCGCCGGGGAGCAUCUUGGACAUGUUGAACGCGAUGCAAGGGAUGAAUUGGGGCGGGCGCGGGGGAGGGGGUGGAAUGCGCGAAAACGAGCGCGCGGCGAUGCCGACGGAGACGUACGCGCGAGGCGCCGAUGAAAACGAGAACGAAACGUGCAGCGUGUGCCUUUCGCAAAUGGAAACCGGCGAGGAGGCGAAGAGGCUCGGGUGUAAGCACGUGUAUCAUCCCGCGUGCAUCGAUCGAUGGCUCGAACGAAGUAGGUUGUGUCCGGUGUGCAAACGAGACGUUUGUGCCGCGAGGUAG